AUGGCAAGUGUUCAGGACGCUUUGGACGCGGUGGGGGCCGUAGAUAAUCGUAUCAACGCUAUUGAGGCCGGCCAGACCAAUAUGACCGUCGGCAGCGCUUACGGCGCGCGUCAGGAAGGAAGUGGAGGUGGUAACGGACGCACGGACGGCAGCGGAGUCAAACCGGGGGUGACCCAUCGUGAACGCUGCACCCCGCUUAUGUCAUUGGAUUUACCAGACAACAAUGAGAUGUUUCUGCAGUCAUUCCGGAAUGUUACGCCCGACCCCGUUGCGGAAUUGACCUUUGGUGGCCUGGGUUUCCUCUCGGCCAUUGAUCUAACGGAACCCAACCUCGCUUCGUCGUCUUUUGACCUCGUUAUGGCAGAAAAGUCAGCGCCUCUCCUCUCCAUCGGCCAAAGGGACGUCCGCGUCAGAUACGAAAAUCCAGGAAUGGAAACUAAAGCCAGUACUGGUUUUGUGGAUGCUGAUUUCACCCCAAGAGACUACCAGGUGGAACUGUUUGAAGCAGCAUUAGGGGAAAAUAUAAUCGCUUACCUACCUACCGGUUCCAGGAAAACAUAUAUAGCAGCCCUUUUGAUUAAGGAGAAAGUACAUGAAGUCACAAAACCAUUGGAUUUGGGCGGGAAAAGAACCGUUUUUCUUGUACCUAUAAUUUUAUUGGCUAUUCAGCAGGCAGCCUACUUGCGACGUCACACUUAUUUGAGAGUGAAGGAAUUCUAUGGAAGUAUGGGUGUCGAUUCUUGGAGAAAAGAAAGGUGGAAAACAGAAUUCAAAGAAAAUCACGUCCUAGUCAUGACGGCUCAAAUUUUUGUGAAUGUUUUGAACCAUGAUUUCUUUUCUGCAUACCAACUUAACUUAUUGGUAUUCGACAAGUGCCAUGCUGCUGUGAAAGAUGCGCCCAUGAAACAAGUCCUUUCGAAACUGCAAAGCUAUGAAAGUUUGCGCCGGCCCAAAAUUCUUGGUUUGACGGCAGCGCUUUUUAGGAUGCGAUGCACACCUCAUAAGGUGCCCGAAGUCAUUCAAAAGCUCUCUGAAUCAAUGGGGUGCAUCGUCAAAAUUCCAUCCAGUGUAGAAACGGUCUAUCGGUAUUCCACGAAGCCUUGCGAAAUCGUCCUUCAAUACGAUGACGAAAAUAACAAACAGAAUCCAGAUUCGCUGACAUUGAGCGUUAUAAUCCUUGAUAUGGUGUUUAAACUAAUGCAAGAAUUUAAAAACUCGUAUGGUGAAUUGAUUGCCAAAGUUGAAUCUGAUGUUGCAAAACACCCAGACAAGAUCGAUUUAUUGUUGGAUGCACUUAAAGACAUAAAUUAUCUCCUUAGAGCUCUAGGACCAUAUGGUGCCUAUCAUUGCGCACAUGUGUAUAUUCGCAUCCUACAGCAAGCCAAGAGUCGUGUCAAAGUUCCUCAGUUUUUGGCAGAUUUGAACAAAGUUUCUGCGCUCUGCAGGGAAAUUAAGGAAAUCUGUACUCCUUAUUUCGCCAAGUUCUCGCCAAAGGACCGCCUAUUACUGUUUGUACAUCCCAAAGUGAUCCGUCUUUUGGAAAUUAUUCGAAAUUUUAGUCCCGAAAAGAAUCUCGACGAACUAAAUCUUAAGAUGUGUGCCAUCAUUUUUGUCGAACGAAGAUGCACGGCCAAUGUACUUUACCACUUCUUGAAGGAUGUUGCCAAACACGACGAAACCUUGGAAUUUAUGAAGCCAUUAUUCACAAUGGGCCAGGCAUUAGAUCGAAACGCUUCACUGAAAGAAACUAAAAUUCUCAACAUAAAACAAAACGAGAUUAUGACCAGCUUUCGCGAAGGUCGUUGUAAUCUGAUAGUGGCAACCUCUGUGCUGGAAGAAGGAGUUGACAUUCCUGCCUGUAAUCUAAUUGUAUAAUUCGACCACAUCAAAACCUACUGCGAAUACGUUCAGGCCAAAGGCCGAGCAAGGAGCAGGAAAGCCUUUUAUUGUUUGAUGGUGAGCCAAAGUGAAACGGAAAGCUACCUGAAGAAUUUGGCACAGUUCCGUAUCAUUGAACAGCAGCUCUUGGCUAUCGGAAAUUUCGAAGACGAUCGGGACAGUAUUAUAGACGACCUAUUUUGCGAAAUCAUCCCACCCUACGCUCCCUACGGUGAAGACGGACCCCGUAUUACUUUACUGAGUAGUAUAUCGCUUGUCAACAGGUACUGUGGCCAGCUCUCGUCAGAUCCAAAUGUCCUUUUGGCCCCCAAACUAACAAUCAAGAAAGCUGAUAAAAGCGUAGCCGAUCCCGCUCAACUAAAAAAUAUUAAAGACGUUCUUAAAAAUUUACCAAAUGAUAAUCGUGGAAUGACCAACGGGUUUUCGAUUGGUGAUUUAUACCAGUGUCGUCUAAUUCUUCCCCUAAACUCGCCCUUGAGAGAAGAGAUAAUUGCAGACGUGAUGCCAACUAAACGUCUGGCCAAAAGAGCAGUUGCUUUAAAAGCAUGCAUCAUGCUUCACAAACUGAAAGAGCUGGAUGACGUUCAUCUCUUUCCUAUUCCACGGCUGAUUCCAGAAGAAGAAGAGGAAGAUUUGCCAAUCGAAGAUGAUGCCAGUGUACCUCAACACCAUGGAAACGUCACGAUUUGCAAACGUCGUUUCCCUGCUUGUUUUUCGAAUUGCCGACCUAUUCCGAGACAGCCCAACUUCGUUUAUUUGAUAGACUUUAUGCUGAUGAAGCCUUGCCUGGAUGUCAACAAACUAUUUAUACCAUUUGUCGGGGAAACAAAGUUAGCCAUUUUGACGUCACAAGUCAUACCUGCGAUUUGUCCGUUACCUUUGAUUGCGCGAGCUGGGGAAUUCCAAGUCAAUCUGUGUGGAGUGGAUUCAAUCAUCCUUGACGACAGUCAGCUAGAAAAACUCGAAAAAUUUCAUCAGUUUAUCUUCCAAGACGUGAUUUUCUUGUGGAAACGUCAACUAGAUUUUGACCUACAGGCCUCUGAUUUGCAGUACCUCAUUGUCCCUCUACAAAGUGCAACCGAAAAACUGGACUUUGUUCUCGUCGAAAAGAUGAUCAAUGCACCAACCGUCGAGUGGGAAAAACGGCCACCUUUCACGGGCAACAAGUUUUCAUUCGAACCGAAAGAGUAUGUCGACGCAGUUAUCGUCCCGUCCUAUGAACCGCUGGGGACAUUAAAUCCCUUCUACGUCGAUGGCGUUUCAGACUUGACACCGCUCUCUGCGUUCCCAGAAAGAGAGAAUGAAACUUACGCAUCUUAUUUUUCCAAAAAGUACAAUCAGAUAUUGGCUUAUGAAAAUCAGCAGCUCGUGCAAGUCAGUCGCGAGAUAACGAGGAAAAACUUCCUUGUCCCGAGAUUGGCUUCAACGAAGAAAGAAAUUCCAAUGCAUCAUGUGCCUGAACUUUGCAAUAUUCAUCCGCUGCCAGGAUCUGUUUGGAAACAGGUGGUAUGGAUCCCAUCCGUUCUUCAUCGUCUUAAUGGCAUUCUGGUGGCCGAAGAACUUCGCAUCUUGAUCUUUAAAGAAGCUAACGUGACCCAUCGUGAACGCUGCACCCCGCUUAUGUCAUUGGAUUUACCAGACAACAAUGAGAUGUUUCUGCAGUCAUUCCGGAAUGUUACGCCCGACCCCGUUGCGGAAUUGACCUUUGGUGGCCUGGGUUUCCUCUCGGCCAUUGAUCUAACGGAACCCAACCUCGCUUCGUCGUCUUUUGACCUCGUUAUGGCAGAAAAGUCAGCGCCUCUCCUCUCCAUCGGCCAAAGGGACGUCCGCGUCAGAUACGGUAACCAGUCGGCUAUCAUCACUGUCAUCAUAUGCCCAGAAAUCACCGGCGUCCUACUCAGUUGGCUCGACUGUAUCGCUUUGCAUAUUCUACACAAGGAUUACCCGCUCCCGAUCCAACAAAUUCGCUUCUUGACAUCAAUUAAAACUCUUCAAACCCACCUGCCGAUGUUGCAGGCUUUAAAUCCGAAAAAUGUUUUGUUCUCCUCAAAAACUCUUUGCUCUUUGAUUGCCAAAGAUUUCAAGAAAUUUCAUAGUAAUCUUAAGGUUAGUUUUGGAAAAGUAUCCGUAAUUUCCUUGACUACCGAUAUUUGGAGUUCGAGGCACAGAAGUUUUCUCGGUGUUACAGCCCAUUGGCUAGAUGAAGUCACGUUGCAGUGCCACUCAGCAGCUAUCAGUUUAAAGAGAUUUACAGGAAGUCAUACCUUUGAUAAAAUAGCCAAUCUUAUUCAUAGUAUAAUUCUUGAUUACGGACUUACGGGAAAAGUGCGGCAUAUUGUGACAGACAAUGGGUCUAAUUUCGUCAAAGCUAUGCGGAUCUAUUUUGCAUCUCCCUCCAUGGCCUCUGCUAAUGAAAACAAUAUUCAUGAAACUGUAGAAAUAGUUGGCUCAGUUACAGAGGAAAUUUCGGAAUAUAUUAUAUCCCAAUUAGCUGGAGAAGAUACUGAUGUCUGCGAUAGUGUGGCAGUGAAUGCAAACAUUCAGGAAAUUGAUUCUUACGAACUCCUAAGUUCUUCAUUCUGUAAUGAUGAUGAAGAUAGAAACAUAUGGCUACCGGCCCAUAUUCGCUGCGCAGCUCAUACUUUAAACUUAUUGGCAACAACAGACAUGGAAGCUAUUUUAGGUGCUUAUCUGCCAUCUCCUUGCCGAACAAGAUGGAAUUCUCUAUUUGAUUCUUUGGCUGUGCUUGGCAUCCCAUCUGUUAGCGAAGAAGAUCUCGAAUACUUAUUUGAAUAUGUUGCAAUAAUGCAGCCUAUUUCAGUUUACUUGGAUCUUCUUCAGGGUGAAGAGAACUGUAUUUUGGGCCAUGUUCUGCCGACAAUAACAAAAAUAAGAGUUAAGCUUGAAGGUUUAGUGCUCGAGAAUGGCAACUCUAUCCGUGAAAGGUUACUUGAGAAACUUGACGAGAGGUAA